UCCUCUUCCAAAGAGUUAUAUACUACUCCUAUACUAAAAUUCCUAGCAAUGCAUUCUUCUAUUAUGAAAAUUUUGAAACUAUGGUUUCUCCAUUUUCUAAUCUUCCAAAGUUUUUAUUUUACCCAAUCAAGUGGUUUCAACCCGACUGCGGUAAAAGUUGAUGUCGGGGUCAUUCUUGAUCUCGACACUACUCUCGGAAAAAUACUAAAAUCUUGCAUUACUAUGGCCAUUGUAGAUUUCUACUCCAACAGGAGCUACAACACAAUGAUAGUGCCUCAUUUUAGGGAUUCAAAAACUGAUGUUGUUGCUGCAACAUCUGCAGCACUAGAUCUGCUGAAGAACACUCAAGUAAUGGCGAUUUUCGGACCACAAAGCUCCACUCAAGCCGACUUCGUCAUCGACAUUUCCAACAAAGUGAAAGUCCCAAUAAUCUCACCAGCAACAAGCCCCUCUCUCUCCCCUCAAGAAUCGCCAUACUUCAUCAGAUCAUCAUGGUCCUCUUCUUCCCAAGCCAAAGCCGUUGCUGCAAUCGUCAAGAAUUUCGGUUGGAGAGAAGUCGUGUUAGUCCACGAAGACACCAUUCACAAGGUCGGAUUAUUACCAUUCUUCACUAAGUAUUUGUCGGAAAGCGGCGCCUUUGUCUCAAACAUGACUGCAAUCUCCCCUUCUGCUGACAAGGAUGGGAUUCUUGAAAAAUUGAAAGAGCUGAGGGAGAUGCAGACGCGGGUUUUCAUCGUCCACAUGUCGCAUCGACACAUGUCGCGUUUCUUCAAAUUGGCGCGGGGAGCUGGGAUGAUGGAGGAGGGGUAUGUUUGGAUUGUGUCCGGUUUGAUCACCGGCUUGUUGGAUUCAGAGAGUGUUGAGGCAAUGCAGGGCGUGGUUGGGGUGAGGGCGUAUUUUCCGAGGUCUAGUGAGGUCAGGGGUUUCGAGGAGAGAUGGAGGAAGACGUUUUACGAGGAGAAUCUAGAGUUUGAAAGACCGGAAGUGAAUGUUUUUGGUUUGUGGGCUUAUGACAUCAUGGUUGCUUUAGCGGAAGCAGUAGAAGGUGUGGAUGUGACAUAUCCACUUUUUGAAAGAGGGGUUCCAAUAAUGGGAAAUGUAACAGAUUUGGAAGAAAUUGGGAUUUCCAAUAAUGGGCCUAAAGUAGCUCCUCUGAUGAGGAACUUUAGGUCAGAAGGGCUGAGUGGCGAUUUCAUGACUAAAAAAGGGGAGCUACAGCCGUCUAUGUUUGAGAUUGUGAAUGUGAUAGGCAAUGGAGCGAACCCGGUUGGAUUUUGGAGGGAGGAUCGUGGGGUCUCGAAGAGGCUGGAAGGAGACGGUGGUGGUGAUCCUGGGAGGAGGCUCGGAACCGUGGUGUGGCCGGGGCAAACGAGCGAGGUGCCUCGGGGAUGGGAUGCGAAUGGGAGGAGGAAGAAACUGAGAGUGGGGGUUCCUUUGAAGGGUAGAACUAGUGGGCUUAUUAGUGUGAAAAUAGAUGUAACGACUAAGGAGGUUAAACCAAGUGGCUUUUGCAUUGACGUUUUCGAAGAAGUCAUGAGAUCGAUGCCCUACGUAGAAUACGAGUACGUUGCCUUCAACAAUGGAAAUAGCACCGGAUUUAACUACGAUGGCCUUAUCGAACAAGUAUUCCUCAAGAAAUUUGAUGUAGUGGUAGCAGGCAUAACCAUGUCAGCAAACAGAUCAAAAUAUGUUGAUUUCACAAUUCCUUACAUAGAAUCCGGAGCUUCAGCCGUUGUCCCAAUCGUGGACGAGGACAAUGCUUGGAUUUUCAUGAGACCUCUAACAAUGGGUCUUUGGCUCACCAUUGGAGCUUAUUUUAUCUUCACCGGCUUUGUCGUUUGGGCGCUUGAGCAUCGUGUAAACGAAGAGUUUCGAGGCCCUCCCCUGCAGCAAGUCGGAAUGAUCUUCUGGUUCUCUUUCUCGACACUCGUUUUUGCACAUAAGGAGAAAGUAAAGAGUAAUUUGUCGAGAUUCGUGGUGAUCGUGUGGCUGUUCGCGGUGCUCGUCCUAACAUCGAGCUACACGGCGAGCCUGACGUCGAUGCUGACGGUGCAGCAGCUCGAUCCGGCCGACAUCCGCGAUCUGACAAGGAAAGGGGAAUACAUUGGGUAUAAAGAAGGGUCUUUGAUGAGGUCAGUUUUGGAAAGUAGUAAAGCAGAGAAGCUCAAAGUCUACACUUCGUUCAAACAAUACGACCAAGGGCUAACACUGGGAAGUGGCAAAGGAGGAGUCGGCGCAAUUGUUGAUAAUCUGCCUUCUAUUAAUCUAUUUCUCAAGCAAUACUGCCACAAAUACACCAUGAUCAGCUCAACCUACAAGAAAUCGGGGAUUGGAUUCGCAUGUCAAAAGGGUUCGCCACUAGCCCCGGAUGUUUCAAGAGCAAUAUUGCAAAUGAAAGAAAAUGGGAAAAUGGAUGAAAUUUCCGAUAGGUGGUUCGGACAAGAGAACUGCGGCUGCCGGAAUGGAACUACCAUCGCCGGAAAACGCCUCGAUCUCGAUAAUUUCAAGGGCCUCUUUCUUAUUUCCGGGCUAUCCUCACUAACAGCUCUGGCCAUAUCUUUGUUCAUCUUCAUCUACAAGAAUCGGAGUGUUCUAACAACUCAUGGCCCGAUCAAGCGGAAGCUGUCCGAUCUUGCCGGAGCUUUUGAUCGAGAGAGAGAGGAUAAGUCGUCGAAGGAACCAAGAACUAGUUCUGAAGAAAGGGUCGUUGAAGAAGGAAGGAUUUCUCAAGAUGUAGAAUUGUCAACAAUAGAAUUAAUGGUAGUUAAUAACACAAGCUAAUUAGUUUUAAUUGUUACUUAAUCAGCUUGGAACCGCCAAAUUACUAUGGGGAGCUAACUAUAGUUUACUUGGAUCA